GAGGAUGCGAGUGCCGGCUGCGGGGGGGACAGGAGCCCCCGUGCUGCUGUGGCUGCUGCUGCUGCUGCUGCUGGUGAUGUCCCACUCGGCCCACGCAGCCAUCCUGGAGGUGAACGGAAACCUGAACUGUAGGUGCGUAAAGACAACUUCGGACUACCUGAGUCCGAAGAGGUACGAGAGCAUUGAGAUCCGGCCCGUGGGCAGCACCUGCAGGCGCACAGAGAUCAUAAUUAAAUUAAAAACUUCGGGGAAGGUGUGCGUGAAUCCCGACACCCCUUGGGUAAAGAAACUGCUGAAGCGUAUUGCGAGCACGAAGAAAAAAUAAGUUUCCUGCUAAGGAAGUUGAGGUGCGGAGCCCCGAGCCGGGGGCACGGACGAUGCGCAGGCGUGCGGACCUGGCUGCUCCUCCCUUUGCCCUCGCUUCCCCCCAUCCCAAAAAACCCUGUGUCCGGCCCCAACGCGGCCGCUGCUCUCCCCCGCCCCACGGCAGGUUUUGGAGCGGGGGUCCCCGGAUUUGGUCCCCGGAUCAGCGUAGAUGUGAACCCUUUGUUUAUCUACUUGCCCAUAGACUGUGAAGCCUUUCUCUGCCAGG